AUGGGGUACAAAACUCUGUUCUUUGGAUUAUCUUGUAUCCUUUUUGCUCAUUAUAUUUAUAUGCCCAUACCAGAAAACAUUGAAGAACCCUGGAAAGUGAGAAUGAUAGAUGCUGUUAUAAAAAUAACAUCACUUCUGGCCACAUUAUUUGAAAACAUGGGUCUUAUGAAAUUUGAAGAUCUUUUCAUCAUACUAAUGCGUAUUCAAAAUACAGAGCCAGUUUCAGAUGAAAACAUUACAGUGAUUGACACAGAUUUCAGUGACAUUCCUGUUCGUCUGUAUUUGCCAAAAAGGAAGUCUGAAAGACAGAGACCAGCUGUAAUUUACAUUCAUGGUGGUGCCUUUGUCACAGGCAGCUUCAAGAUGCUGCCCUAUGAUUCCAUAAACCGAUACACAGCCAACAAACUUGAUGCUGUCGUUGUGGCACCAGACUACAGGCUUGCUCCUAAGUAUCCAUUCCCAGCUGCCCUUGAAGACUGUGUUCUUGUGAUCAAGUUCUUUCUCCAGGACAAAGUUCUUGAAAAAUAUGGAGUGGAUCCUUCUCGCAUCUGUAUUUCAGGAGACAGUUCUGGGGGUACCUUGGUAGCAGCAGUGACUCAAGAGCUACAGGAUGACCCAGAAUACAAAAACAAAAUAAAGGCACAAAUCUUGUUAUACCCUGGACUACAGGCAAUUGAUACCUCGAUGCCAUCUUAUCGAGAGAAUGAACAUGGUCCCUUUCUGUCAAGGAAGGUAGCAAUUAAGGUGACAUACCUAUAUUUAGCAGAAGAUGAAGAACUGGUAAACGCAAUACUGAGAAAUGAACACAUGCCUGAAGAAUCAAGACAUCUGUUCAAGUUUGUUAAUUGGAGUGACUUACUUCCUGAAAAGUAUAAAAAGAACCAUGUUUACACUGAGCCUGUCCUUGGAAAAUUGAAUGCUUCUUAUCCAGCAUUUAUGAAUAGUAAAGCAACACCUUUGCUAGUCAGUGACUCCCAGUUACAGAUAUUGCCAUUAACUUACAUCCUCACAUGUGAACAUGACAUCCUAAGAGAUGAUGGACUUAUUUAUGUCACCCGACUCAGAAAUGCUGGAGUUCCAGUGACACAUGACCACAUAGAGGAUGGAAUACAUGGAGCCUUGUCAUUAGCCACAGCACCUAUUUAUUUACGUUUAGGUUUGAGAAUAAGAGAUAAGUAUCUAAGUUGGUUAGAAGAAAAUCUAUAA